UCGUGCGAAAACCAAAAGAAUUAAUUUAUUUCAGGAAAAUUAUUGCACGACGAACCAAUUCCUCUUCAUCGUUCAAUCUUUUAAAGGUCGAUAUUUCCAUGCGAUUCAAUUCCUCUAUUUUUAAAAACGGAUCCAAGGUUUUCUUUUCAAUUCGAAGCGAUUCGCUUCCUAGUAGUCGUGUAUAUACACGGAGAGGUGCGGAGGAAGAAUGCUGUCCCGCCAACAUCUCGAGAGAGAGAGAGAGUUCCUCUCAUUAGUCGACGAACGCGCGGCGAACGACACGGAUCCACCAGUGAAUGUCCUCUGCUCUUAUCCAUCUCCUUCGUAUAACGUAAUAAUUUCUCUUCUCAUCGAGAAUGCGCCUCGCGUCAUCGUAACUCAAUUCCGAUUCUGCAAUCGAUCUCGAUCGGGUUACACGUGGGCAAGAAAACGAUCGAAUUCGCGGUGCGAAUAGUCGACAGCGGAAUGAUGUUAUGAUCGAUGCUGAGAGGAAGGUGAGCGAGCGGGAAACGAGGAGCAAGAGGAGCUGAAUCAGCAUGAGGUGUUUCGAAAGCUUCUUCAAGCGCACCUGGCGGCCACAGCAGGUGCAUCAGAUGGAUCCGGCAUCGAGGUUCGAGCCGACGACGAAAAGGACGGCGGAAGUACAUCACCAUGCCACCGGUGAAGCGAUGACGGAGCUGGGCGAGGUGAAGGUGGCCGCGUCGAGCAACAUCGCGACGUCGAUGCCACACACCAGCGGUGAUCCGGCGCCCUGCAAGAACGGUUGCAAGAUCUACAGGAGCAACCGCGACGGAGGUGGCGAGCCGCGCUCCGAGAGUCCUUGGCACUCGCUCAAAACAGUCUUCCUUGUCUCUGUGAUCGUGGCGUUUCUCCUCUGGAUCAUAGUCUAUACCCUGCUGGACCAGUACCGGAUCCUGUGAUCGCGACCAUCCAUUCUGUGAUCUUGAUGUAUCUCUCGUGAUUGCGAUUUAAUUGAUGUCGCGCGAAAUUAAUUGGGCUACUCAAUGACUGCAAAGUCCUGAUUCAUUGUGAUUUUCUGUCAGACGAUUUUGUAUGCGCGAUUAACGAUUUGAUGAAUCGCACGAUCUGUAUGGCUUCUAUAAUUAUUCUCUAUAAUUAUGAUAAUUGUUGGAUCUUGCGAUGCGUAGAGGAAAUUUUCUUGGCAGGAAUGUGUGCUAAUAAUUCU